UUUGUUAUUUUUGGUACCACUGUGACUUGUACUGAGUAUUGGUAGGACACCUCCAGGAUGACUCGUUUCAGCUUGGAGCGGUUUAAGGAAAACCCCACUCUCGAGCAGAUCGAGGCCUGUCGUAAGGACGACUUGGCGGUCCUGGCCGACUUCUUUGAAAUACCUUUACCUAAGUAUGUGAAGAAAAAGGAAAUGAGAGAACUGGUAGUGGCUGGACUGGUUGAGCGCAAGGUGUUGCGCAUGGCGACAGAUGCUACUGAUGAGGCUGAGAUUGUGGUUGUGGAACCUCUUGAAUCUGCGGGUCCUUCUGGAGCGUGGGGCUCUGGCGAAACCGAGCAGAAAGGCCUGCUCGGGUCAGACAAGGUGGAAGAGGUUAAACUGGCGAGUGACGGACCUGUCACGCCUGUUACGCUUCCCCGGUUCGAGCCGAUGCUAUCCGAGGAAGGUUCGAACUCUUCCGUGUGCAACGCACGCGUAAAGCUCCGGCUUGCCAGACUUCAGCUGGAAGCCGAGGAGAAGGCCCAAGAACGCCAAAUACGGCUUGAGAUUAAGAGGAUGGAAAUCGAAGCCGAAACCGCAGUACGCAUCCGCCAAAUGGAGUUAGAAGCCCAAACCAAAGCCACGGUAAUACCAGCCUCAGGUGACCUCUCCAGGUCUUCGACUCCUCCUUCUUCUUCUGUCCCAUUGGACUUGUCAAAAUUUGUUUCAUUUAUGCCUUCCUUCAGAGAAAAUGAAGUCGAUUGCUUUUUCACAGCUUUUGAGCGUGUGGCUAUUGCCUUGAAGUGGCCGAAGGAGUGUUGGUCUGUCCUGAUUCAGUGCAAGAUCACAGGAAAAGCGCAAGAGGUGGUCUCUUCGCUUCCUCUGUUAGAUUGUCAGGACUACGAUACGAUAAAAUCAACAAUUUUAAAAGCGUAUGAGCUUGUUCCGGAAGCCUACCGUCAAAAAUUUUGUUCGCAUAGAAAGAACUCCUCACACACACAUGUGGAGUUUGCGCGUGAGAAAAGCAAUCUAUUUGACAAAUGGUGUGCUGCUUGUAGCGUGAAAUCAUUCGAAGCUCUCAGAGAACUCAUAUUGUUAGAAGAAUUUAAGAAGCAGCUGCCAGAAAGUUUAGUUGUUCAUCUAAAUGAGCAACGGGUGGAUAAAUUGUUCUCGGCCGCAGUCUUCGCGGAUGAGUACACACUAACUCAUAAGACUGUGUUUCAGCCAACCCUCAAAAGGGAAGAAAAGAGUGUAACAGGAAUGACAUUCAAAAACAGAAGCUCUGAAGAGAGAGCCUGUUUUUACUGUCAUCAGCCGGGACAUUUAAUAAGAGAGUGUCCAAAACUGGCUGCGAAGGAAAAACCCUCCUCUUCCUCACAAAAAGGAAAGGGAGUGGGAUUUACGAAACGUUCGGAGAAAGUGACAAAAGGUGAGAGCACUAUGGAUCCGUGUUUCCAACCGUUUACCAUGCCAGGAACUGUGGCAUUAGCAGAACUGUCCGCUGAAGAGCGACAGAUUAAGGUGUUAAGAGACACGGGUGCCUCACAGACCUUAAUGCUGGCAAAAACACUGCCGUUUUCGGAGGCCAGUUACGCUGGUUACAGCGUCAUUCUGAAAGGAAUCGGAAAGGGAUAUGAACCGUGUCCCAUUCAUUACGUUCACUUAAAAACAGAGCUGAUCUCUGGUCGUUUUCCUAUUGCUAUAUGUGAUGAGUUGCCCAUUGAUGAUAUCUCUCUACUUCUAGGUAAUGACAUAGCGAGAGGGAAAGUGACCCCCGCUCUGGAAGUCAUGGACCAAUUGAGUGAAGAGCAAACAGCUCACAGUUGUGUGGUAACUCGGGCUCAGGCCCGUCAGAAUAAAAGCAUCGAUCAGGAAGAUGUGGAUUUGACUGACAGCUUUCUGUUUUCCCCUUCUGUAGAUGAAGAGCAGCUGACGGAGACUGAUGGGGGUGCGGACGACUCUAAUGCGCAUGCGAGUGAGCAGAAGACUCUGCCCACCCCUGCGGACUCCUGGCUGUCCAUCAGCCGUGAAGCGCUUGGUGCCGCGCAGAGGGAGGAUCCCUCCCUACGCACUUGUUUCGAGAAGGUGGUUCGGCCGACACCAGUUGCACUAUUCCACCAUCGAGAAAGAGACGCUCUCGUUGUUAUUGGCACUCCAGCACUUCGGAGCGUACGUGGGAUCCUCCCCUGUACCCAUCCAAGUGUUCACGGACCAUAAUCCAUUGACCUUCCUGCAUCGUAUGUAUAAUCACAAUCAGAGGUUAAUGAGAUGGGCACUUAUCCUGCAGGAAUUCGAGUUAGAGAUACGGCAUAAGAAAGGGGUGGACAACCUGUUUGCGGAUGCCUUAUCCCGUGUAUAAAAUGAAAAGAAAAAAUGUGUGUGUUUAUACAUCUGUGUAUUAACCCUUUUGUUUCGGGACCUUUGUAUGGAUGGAACUUUGGAGAAGCUGGAGCCAGCUUUUAAGGGAGGGGGUGUUACGGCCCCUGGCCUUCUGGGAUUGGCCGUCCGGCCUGUCCAUCAUACUGCUACGAGGAAGUGGAGCUGCCUAGGCCCUGGCCGCCUAGGAUUGGUCAUCGGACCUGUCAAUCAAGCGGAGCUGAGAUGACGACGGUCCUCCCUCCCCUUCUGCUCGCUGAUUCGUUGCUGCUGCUCCCGUUCUCCUCAGCUGAACCUCAUCGGGCUGAUUGCCCCUGAAUAAAUACUGGACUGCACCAUUCAUCAGGAGCUGUGUCAUUAGGGCACAGUUCGCUUCGUGAGAGUUCUCUGAGUAGUGUAAUUCGAUUGUUAGUGAGUAAGCCUUGUGUGGAUCAGCGGAUCCUUUUGUGUAAUUCGUAUUAAUUGGUUUAACUCCUGACAGUGCAACAGAGGUUGUGUUUUUGGUUUAGUUUUGUUUGGAUUCGUGUCAGGUAUUUUCGUUUGGGUUUCGCUUGGUAUUGUAGUUUUCAGGGGGAUUCUCAUUAGGAGAAUCCCCGCUCUUUUCGUUCUUAGGAAUUAGUAGCCAUUUUGUUUUCUGUUUAGAUUUAUUGUUAAGCUUCCUUUGUAUUCUUAUUAUUGUAUAGAAUGGUUUUAUUUUCUUUAUUUUCUUUAAUUACCAUCUAAGCAUGUAAAUAGUUUUAUAACAAAUAAAACAUAUUACACCUUAACCACACCUUUUCACGUGGUAUUUAUGUUAUUGGUCCUGUUGCGCCCCUUGUGGCAAGGCUGGGUCAUAACAAUCUUCCACAGGUAUCACACUGUAUCUGCACAAUAACAGCAGUAAAAUAACAUGGGAUUAAUCCUGCAUCUACAAUGCAAAUAAAGAGGUAAAUGUGCAGCAGAGAAUCAUUUCUUGUUACUGUCAGGGCGAUGUUUGCUUCAACUUAUUAUUUAUUUAUUAUUUACAUGUCAUUUCAUUGACUUCAUGCAUGUACAUUAUAUUGUAAAUUGUAAAGGAAUUGACAUCUUAGGGAAAUAAAACUGUUUUAUUUCUAAAUCAGUUAAUAUUGGUGAUUAAAUGUAAAACUGGAAACAAAGUGCAAACAGUGAGAAACACUUCCCCAGUCAGUGGUGGGAGGCCCAGAUCCUGGAGGCUUUGACGCUGAGCACAUUGCACAAUUGUUUUCCAUGUCAAACACUCCAAGAAAAGGAUGGAGGACAGAGGAGACGUGGAUGCAGCAAAAGUAGAAAUGAGAAGAAGAUUGUGUUUACCUGCUCUCUACAUUUAUUCCUCUGCCUGUUUGGGCCACUAUCUGCCCUGUGCUGUUUUACGUGUCUACCUACCACCCUGUCUAGAAGCUUCUUUCUUCAA